CGCGCGCAGGCGGUGGGCCUUUCGCUUCCGGCCGCGGCAGCGUCGGCGCUGGCCGGACGGAUCCCAGCGGUCGACCUCCCGGAGCGGCAUGCGGCGCUGAGGCGCGGUGGAUCCCGCGGCGCCAUGAACCUCCUGCCCUGCAACCCGCACGGCAACGGGCUGCUCUAUGCCGGCUUCAACCAGGACCAUGGAUGCUUUGCAUGUGGGAUGGAAAAUGGAUUCCGAGUCUAUAACACCGAUCCACUGAAGGAGAAAGAGAAGCAAGAAUUUCUAGAAGGAGGAGUUGGCCAUAUUGAAAUGUUGUUUCGCUGCAACUAUUUAGCUUUAGUUGGUGGUGGGAAAAAGCCAAAAUACCCUCCGAACAAAGUGAUGAUCUGGGAUGACCUGAAGAAGAAAACUGUGAUUGAAAUAGAAUUUUCUACCGAAGUCAAGGCUGCCAAAUUACGGCGAGAUAGAAUUGUGGUUGUUUUGGACUCUAUGAUCAAAGUGUUUACAUUCACACAUAAUCCCCAUCAGUUACACGUCUUUGAAACCUGCUAUAACCCUAAAGGUCUCUGUGUCCUGUGCCCCAACAGUAACAACUCACUCCUGGCCUUCCCGGGCACGCACACGGGCCACGUGCAGCUUGUGGACCUGGCCAGCACCGAGAAGCCACCGGUGGACAUUCCUGCCCACGAGGGCGUCCUGAGCUGCAUUGCUCUCAACCUGCAGGGAACAAGAAUUGCGACCGCCUCUGAGAAAGGGACCCUUAUACGAAUAUUUGAUACUUCAUCAGGGCAUUUAAUCCAGGAACUACGAAGAGGAUCUCAAGCAGCUAAUAUUUAUUGCAUUAACUUCAAUCAGGACGCUUCCCUCAUCUGUGUGUCCAGUGACCACGGCACGGUGCACAUUUUUGCAGCCGAAGAUCCGAAAAGGAAUAAACAAUCAAGUUUGGCAUCGGCCAGUUUCCUUCCAAAAUACUUCAGUUCCAAGUGGAGUUUCUCCAAGUUUCAGGUCCCCUCAGGCUCUCCAUGCAUUUGUGCCUUUGGAACAGAGCCAAACGCUGUCAUUGCAAUCUGUGCGGACGGCAGCUACUACAAGUUCCUGUUCAACCCCAAGGGAGAGUGCGUCCGGGACGUGUAUGCGCAGUUCCUGGAGAUGACGGACGACAAGCUUUGACCCUUCACCGGGAGCACGAGCACCGCGGCCCCUGGGCGCCCAGCGGCCCCUCGAGCUCCUGGGGCUGGUGAUGAUGGGCCGGAGGGACGGCCCGGGACCUUGUCGUGAAGCCACUCAUGGCUGUUUUCCGAAGCCAGGCCUCCUGAGUCCAAUGUUAAAGGAAGAAUCAAUGGGGCACGGGGACACUCCCACCUGACCGCCGGCUUCACCAUUUGCUUCAGUGGUUCUGCCGCAUCCGCCACCUGCAGCCAGGGCUCCGGACAAACUGGGGGCACGUUGAGAAAAGGAGGGACAACGUGAAAUUCAUUUGUGGCGCCAGAUUCCAUCCUUUUUGCUGAGUUUGUGAUGGAGAGGUGAACACACGUGCAAUCUUGGUUCUUUCUCACCAGAUGUAAGUGGGAUUAUCACACCGGCAGCCUUAGGAGGAGGAGGGAGGAAGCCCUUCUCCCGUCUAAACUGAAGAAAGCUUAGAGUUCACAGGCUUGGUGUCUCCCUCGGGAGCCACAUGUCACGUGUCCCCUCUUGUUGGCGCCACUGGAGUUGAGGCAGCGCCAGGCCUACCCCGUGAACCGCGCCUGUGGCCUCCUGGCAACACUCUGGGUCAAAGGGCGUUCCCCUUUACUCGUAGGGAACAGAGUAACGCGUAGACUUUAGAACUGAGUCACAGAAGAACGCAUCGCUCAAUUCGGGGGAUACGAAGGGAAACCGGCGUCUCAACAAAGCAGCGCCCGGUCCUGUGGGCUUCGGCCGGCCGCCUCCACUUCCCUCUCUCACCGUCUUCUCUCCCUGUUUUUAAGACUAGCUGCACACUAACAUUCUGGGAAUGAGAGGCACAUACUUUUUUUUAACAUUUGGUAACUAAAAUAGGUUAUGGGCUCUAUAUUGUUAGUACUACUUGAGGUAUAUAUUUAAUUUUCUUAAAUUCCCUUUAAACUUAAUUUUGUUUUGAUUUCAGGUUGCAAACAUUAAAAUCUGCAGCUGCAAGCUCUCAGUUUGCCAGUUCUUCUGCUGUCAUGUAAUCAACUAACUUUGUCUGUGGAUUUCAAUGUAAAGUAUGCAUGUUACUUUUAUGUGUAUUUAAUCAUGAAAUUUAAUUUUGCACACUUAUUUGUAACGUUUCUUUUAAAUAAACGUGGCUAAUUUUGUUGUA